CUGAUCGAUGGACCACUUAGAGACUGUGAGGAACACGUCACAGCCAUUUGACCUGCAGGAGCUCAGGGAAUGGGCACACGAUCCAAUAAACAUCGAGCCGCUGGAACAGCUACGGUGGACUGACAACUUAAGAAACUUCCCGGAUAUCAGAGCGAUGCAGAAACGCCUCGAGUCAGAUUCCCCCUCCUCGCCUCACUGACCCAUGAAAGAAGCCAUGCCUGUUCUCACAGCAGGAGCAGGGCUUCAUGAAACGCUGGCCCUGCUGACCUCCCAGCUGCGGCCCGACGCCAACCACAAGGAGGACAUGGUCUUCCUCAAAGACGUCUUCAGCGAGAGGAGUCUGGCAUACCUCAUGAAGAUCCACGAGAAGCUGCGGCAGUACGAGCGGCAGAGUCCUGCCCCGGUCCUCCACAGCGCCUCCUCUCUGGCUGAAGAUGUGGCAGAGGAGCUGCAGGGAGGACCGAUGAGCACCGAGGAGAAGGAGCUGCUGCACCUGCUCACGUCGCCACACCUCAAAGCCGUGCUCUCGGUGCACGACACCGUGGCCCAGAAGAACUUUGACCCCGUGCUGCCGCCACUGCCGGACGACUUUGAGGACGAGCUGGACGAGGAGUCGGUGAAGAUCGUCAGGCUGGUGAAGAACAAAGAGCCUCUGGGAGCCACCAUCAGGCGAGAUGAAGCCACCGGCGUGGUGAUCGUGGCUCGAAUAAUGAGAGGAGGGGCAGCUGAUCGAAGCGGUUUGGUCCACGUAGGAGACGAACUCAGGGAGGUCAACGGAGUGUCUGUGAUCCAGAAGAGGCCGGAUGAGAUCAGUCAGUUGUUGUCCCAGUCCCAAGGCUCCAUCACUCUGAAGAUAAUCCCAGCCAUCAAGGAGGACGACAGAUUGAAAGACAGCAAGGUGUACAUGAGAGCCUUGUUUGACUACACCCCACUGGAGGACAAGGCCACGCCCUGCCAGGAGGCGGGACUUCCCUUCAAACGGGGGGACAUCCUGCAGGUGGUGACGCAGGACGACCCCACGUGGUGGCAGGCCAAACGAGUGGGAGACAGCAACCUGCGGGCCGGGCUCAUCCCCUCCAAACAGUUCCAGGAGAGGCGACUGGCCUACAGGAUGAAAAUGGGCACGCUCCCGAACCCCAAAUCCCCUAAAAAGCCGUUGUCUGAACAAGGAUGUGAUAAAGAAGACUGUGACUGUGAGGGCUAUUUCAAUGGACAGUACAUAGCUGGUUUACGGAGGAGUUUUCGUCUGAGUCGUAAAGACAGACGGGGAUCGUCAGGAGAGGGUUCUGACAUCGGGGAGCCAGAGUUCUUGACGUACGAGGAGGUGACCCGCUUCCAGCAGAGACCCAACGAGCGACCUCGUCUGGUGGUCCUAAUCGGAUCACUCGGAGCACGCAUCAAUGAACUGAAGCAGCGAGUGAUCGCUGAAAAUCCACAUCGUUACGCUGUAGCUGUUCCACAUACCACCAGGCCCAAGAAGGCGCAGGAGAAAGAUGGUGUGGAGUACCACUUCGUCACGAAACAGCUGUUUGAUGCAGAUGUUUUAAACAACAAGUUUAUAGAACACGGGGAGUACAAGGAGAACCAGUAUGGCACCAGUAUCGAGGCGAUCCGCUCUGUGCAGGCCAAGAACAAGAUGUGCAUCGUUGAUGUGCAGCCUGAGGCUCUGAGGCGGCUACGGACGGCAGAGUUCAAGCCGUACGUCGUCUUCGUCAAACCUCGCAUCCCCGAGAGCAGACGUCGGCGCAGCGCAGCCACCUCACCAGGAGGGGGAGAGCACGGCCGCGUCACGGAUGAAGAGCUCCAGGAAAUGCGUCAGUCUGCAGCUCAGAUCGAUCAGCAGUACGGACACCUGGUGGACCGGGUUCUGGUCAAAGAGGACUCGGCCAGUGCUUGUUCAGAACUGAGAGGGGUUUUGGAAAGGUUGGAGCGGGAGUCCUUCUGGGUGCCCAUCAGCUGGGUGCGGACCUAAACACUGCGCCACUGCGCAAAUCUUGCACUGGUCUUCCUGUGACUCGGUCGGCCCGGAGCCUGAAAAGUGAAAGAAUUACCUCAGAUUACAGAAAGUUUUUUAGAAUUGGUCCAGAUGUCCUAAAACCUUCAUUUAGCAGUAAAUUAUAAGGAUGUUCUUUUAAAGGAAGCAUCUUUGUUGAGUAAUGACACAGUACCUUAUUUAACUUUUUAUUAGCAUGGGAAGUGCCUUUUGGGAAUCAUCACGACUAAGCUGGUAGUUUAAAUGUCCCCAAGGCAAAAGUUCACACAAUAAACUUUAAUUUGUCCCGUCAGGUCCUUAUUGCAUGUGCCACUUUGACAGGAAGCAACUUGAGAAAAUACACAGACGUCUCUGAAUCUGGAGUGACCAGCAUUCACCUUUAUAAUUUAAUCUACUGGAAUAUUCUGGACAGAGCUCAAAAUCCAUCACACCAGUCAGAUACUGGUUUAUUUAUCUUAAUGUUGCAUACAGAUGGUUUUUUUAAGCAGAUUGCUUCAAUGUAGAAAUGUGAAGGGAAAAAGUUCAAACUGCUUCAUUUAUUAAAUUUGAGUACUAGUUAAUCUGCACGAGGAUGCGUUUCCAGUCAGAGGAGCUCCUCUGAUAGAAACCACCAAGGCGAUUUAUUUCAAAGGCCAGGAGAUUAAAUUAUUAACGUGAUUUUUAAAAAAGUUUGCUCCUACACUGUUUACAAUCGGGACCAUGAACAUCUGUGUUUAGACUUUUAUGCAAUUUAUUUUCUAAUAAUUUAACCUGUAAUUCAAUCAAAAUGUUUGAUUCUCAUGCAGAUUAGUUCACAGUAACUCGCAUCAAUUAGGCUUGUCGCGAUAAAUCAAAAAUUAUCGAGCUCAUUUUCAUUCAUGGGCUUUAUCGU